AUGUUCGCGCUCGGCCAAAGUCACAUCCGUCCGACUGAAGUCUCGGCCAAAGUCCAAACCGACCGGCCGAUCACGCAACACGACCCGGGAAACAUUGUCCCGCGGUCGGCCAAGCACACCGUCACGCCACGCCGCGCACGACCAGCCGCGCGAGCCGGGAACAAGCCUCGCGGCCGCGCAACCCUCGCGUACCACGGCCGAUGCAUCCGUCCGAGCCGGGAAAGAACGUCCCACGUCCGGCCGAGAAUUUCAUCGGCCAAAUCUCAUCCGCUCGACCACGCCGGCCGACCGUGA